AUGCCUGGCUCUUCCCUUUAUCCAAUCCUCUUCCCUCUUCAAGUCGUCUCCCUCCUCCUUGCGGGCAACCACAAUGUGCAAGUGGUAUCUGCCUUUGGCGUCGAAAUUCCCUCCAGCAUUGCACUUCGAGCUUCCGUCAUCACCAACACGGUCCCACUCUCCUACUACGAGGCAAACUACACAACCACCAACGACGACGAACUCUUUCCAGAGUUUCGCGGCUUUCAGCCAGAUCUUCUUCGGCAGAUUGUCCAGAUUGCCAAAGAUAUUGACAACGUCACGCUCUCGUUUGAAUUGGAGGAGUCACCUCCCUUUGCCUACGACAAUCGAUUCGAAUACCUGGCCAUUGACUGCAAUAGUACCAGCAAUCAGUUUACAGACUUUAAGACAUAUUCUGCAGAAGAAUGCAAUCAAUGGGAUCUCGUGAUUGCCGAUUACUAUGGCUACCCACAACGUUCCAUGAGGGCAACCUUUACUCCUCCCCUCCUCACCACGGCGGCGGCCACCAUUCAGUACGUGCAUCGUACCAAGAGAGCCAUUACUACCUUGCAAGAAGCCGAGACACUACAAGAGCCCGUCUGUCUAUUGGACGGUUCUCACUAUGACAAGGAGGCGCUACUCCGAUUUCCCGGUCUCAAGAUCUUCCGAUGUUUCAACCACGAUGAUUGCGUAAACUGGGUCAAGGAAGAACGAUGUGCACUCUUUGUAGAAGAUGAAUUGCAGCUCCGACAUAUCAUGACUCAGGAUGCUGCCCUGGAAGUGACACAGGAAAAGUGGAACGAACAAUACAUUGUAUGGCCCAUGAAUGCCAGACUCAAUCCACUCUAUCAACAACUCAUGAUCCGUUGGAUGUACGAGGCCAAGGUAUCUGGAUUUCUAGACACACUGUAUGAUGAAUACUUUUCCAUCAACUUUUGUCCCUUGGGCACAGCGGGAGAAAAUUGCGACCAGCCUUGCGAUGCCAGUCAUGGCACAGCGGACAGAUUUGGCAAUUGCGUGUGCCAAUCAACGAGAUGGACAGGUGCUGAUUGCUCUGUUGAAACGCUAGAGGACAAGAACUUGAUUCCAAACUCAUUGGUCAUUGUUUGCUAUGUCAUGGUCGGCAUCAACUUUCUUGCUGUGGCAAUCUGUGGAGUCUGGCUGAUAUGGAACCGCAACACUCCUCAAGUCAGAGUAUCUCAGCCAAUCUUCCUUGGUUUGGUGUUGCUCGGCUGCGUGAUCAGCACUUCCACCAUCUUUGCACUGGCUCAAGAACAUGACGGGAGCGAAAGUGCUAGCGAACCUGCUUGCAUGGCUAUUCCUUGGCUCUAUUCGGUUGGAUUUUCAAUCACCUUUGCAAGUCUGUUCUCAAAGAUUAGGAGAGUGUACCUUCUCUUCCGGGCAGCUGCCACCAUGACUCGGGUUUCUGUCACUGCAAAGGAGACAUUCUUCAUUGUGGGUGGAGUGCUACUGAUUGAUGUGACAAUCCUCACUGUUUGGACAAUACUCGAUCCGCUGGAGUGGCAUCGAGAAGCAUUGACUGUGGACCAAUAUGGAUACACAUUGAGCAGUCAGGGGUUUUGUGCCUCGGAGUACUUUGCCAUAUUUGCCAGCGUGAUUGCGGCGUUCCAUUUCACAUUGAUGGGAGUGGCAUGCUACCUCUGUUAUGUUUCCAGGGAGAUUCCCACACGCUUUUCAGAAAGCAAAUACGUCUCAAUCGCCAUGAUUUCUAACCUGCAGAUCUUUGUGGUGGCUGUGCCGGUGCUGAUCAUCCUUGGGUCAGACCCCCAAAGCAGCUUCUUUGUUCGUUCGGUGAUUAUCUGGAUGAACGACUUUGCAGUCCUGGCUUUGGUGUUUGGAAACCUCAUGUUUUCUGUGGAGAUGGGUGACGGGACCAAUGACAACAGCAAGGUUAUGAUUCGAAACGCAAUGCAUACGUACACCGAACGAAGAAACAAACGAUUGUCCGUCGCCAGUCGUGGUGGACGUGGUUCCUCACAUUUAUCCAACGCAGGCAAUGACAAAUCGCCGCAGGCGUUGAGGCCAUCGAUGUUUGAUGCUGGAUCUCUCAUGUUCGAGAGCAAAGUGGCAGACCGGGAGUCAGGUUUCCAACAUACCCCGUUUUCCUCUGGCAACAGAGAAUCGCGGGAUCAAGUAGCGAGAAUGCAUCCAAUGUCUGACAGUGAGUCUAGUAGUAAAUACCCCGAGGACGGGGCUCCGACCGUGAACGAGCGAGGAGAAGAGCCACAAAGGGUAUACUCCGUUCAUGACAAGAACACUAUCAGUACAACACUCACGACCAGCGAGAAGCCACUUUCUUCGGAACUCUGUGCAACUGACGAACAAUCUGCAGGGGGCGAUUACGAAGUCACUCCAGCGGAUGAGCCCCCUCAACCGUACCGGUAG